AUGACCAAUCGGCAUUUGAGCGUGAAGGAGGAUGAUCUCUAUUCAGGCUACAAUGACUAUAAUCCACUUUUUGACUUCAAGGAGUUGGAAAAUGACACCAGCUUCCAAGAAGCAGUCAAGAGCAGUCAUGGAAAGAGAGUGCUCCUACAACCAUCUCGUACUCCCAUGCCGUCAUCAGUAAGUCGACCAGUGACUGCAACAGUGCAGAGUGGAGCACCUCGUCCAAUGUCUGCGAUCAGUGCUGCGGGUUAUUCCUCCUCACCCACACGAUGCCCAGCAUUCGAUUCUCUGGGCCAGUCCAGAGGUCUCGCACCCCCGCUGGAGGAAAAAAAGGAAGACACUCCCGAGGAAAAGAUAAAGCUGUUAGAGAAGAAAGUCAACGACUUAAUCACAGAGAGCUGCAUGGCGCACAGCAUGGGCAACUCACAACUGGCUCUGGAGAAGGCAAAAGAGGCUGAGAGGAAGGAAAGAGCGCUGGUGAGACAAAGGGAGCAGUCUGGAAGCACGGAUCAAAUCAAUUUGGAACUCACCUACUCUGUUCUGCUCAAUCUUGCUAACCAGUGUGAAAACAACGAGAUGUACCCGGAGGCCUUGAACAACUACCUAGUCAUCAUUAAGAACAAGAUGUUCACCAACGCAGGGCGCCUAAAGGUGAAUAUGGCCAACAUCUGGGUGAAGCAGAAGAACUACCCCAAGGCCAUCAAGUUUUACCGCAUGGCUCUGGACCACAUCUCGGACGACUACAAGGAGAUGAGGAUCAAGAUCAUGCAGAACAUCGGCACCGUCUUCAUGCUGCUGGGCCAGUACUCCGAAGCGGUGGCGUCCUUCGAGCACAUCAUGAGCAACAGCGCCAACGUCAGGACCGGCUACAACCUGGUGCUGUGCUACUACGCCACCCGCGACACCGAGGGAAUGAAGAACGCCUUCCACAAGCUACUAGCCGUACCCUUGGACGUGCAGCACGAAGACAAGUACAUCGCAGCUAACGAUGAUAUCAGAUCCAACAUGUUGAUGGAGGCUAUCAAAAACGACAAACUGUACCAAAUGGAAAGAGACUUGAAAGCUCGGGCUGAGAAGUACGUGAUGACUGCAGCCAAGCUCAUCGCUCCGGUCAUCGAGUCGUCUUUCUCCGCCGGAUUUGACUGGUGCGUAGACUUGGUGAAGAACUCUUCGUAUGCAGAACUGGCCAAUGACCUGCAGCUGAAAAAGGCCAUGACCUUCUUCAGACAGAUGCACUUUGACCAGGCCAUGAAAAUCCUGAAAGAAGUCGCUAAGCAGGACAGCAAAGUCAAAAGCGCUGCUGCCAACAACCUCUCCAGCCUCUUCAUCCUGGAGAAGGACUACGAGCAGGCGGAGCGUUACGCCGACCUGGCCGUGAAUGCGGACCGCUACAACCCGGGAGCUUUCGUGUGUAAAGGUAACACUGAGUUCGUCAAGCAGGACUACGCCAAAGCGGCAGAGUUCUUCAAAGAGGCUCUAAGGAACGACUCCUCUUGCACCGAAGCGCUCAGGAACUUGGGUCUAACGUAUAAGAAGCUAAACCGUCUAGAGGAUGCGUUGGACUGCUUCUUGAAGCUCCAUGCCAUUCUCAGGGACAGCGGUGAGGUCAUGUACCAGCUAGCGGACAUCUAUGAACAACUGGAGGACCCCCACCAGGCAGUGGAGUGGCUGAUGCAGGUCAUCAGCGUGGUCCCCAACGACCCCAAAGCUUUGGCCAAACUGGGGGAUCUGCAUGACCUGGAGGGGGACAAGUCGCAAGCCUUGCAUUACUACUGCGAGUCCUUCAGGCUCUUUCCCUGCAACAUGGAAGUAAUCGAGUGGUUAGCCGCCUACUAUGUACAGACGCAGCUUUACGAGAAGGCCAUUCACUAUUUCGACAGAGCAAUACUUGUGCAACCCAACGAGGUGCGGUGGCAGUUGAUGGUAGCAAGUUGUUACAGGAGAAGCGGAAAUGGUCAAAAAGCUCUGGAAACCUACAAAGAAAUCCACCGCAAGUUCCCUGAAGAUGCCCAAUGUCUUCGCUUCCUGGUGCGGCUGUGUCAGGACAUGGGCCUCAAGGAAGUCCACGACUAUGGUAAAAAGCUCAAGAAGGUCGAGAAGAUGAAGGCUCUCAGAGAACAGAGAGCAAAAGCAGAACGAGAAGGAAGCGCAAGGAAUAAAAGGACCGACGCUGCUGAUGCCAACACUGGUCACGUUCCCAAGGGCGAGCGUGCCAUGGCACCCGUGAUGUCACUUCCAGUCACCAGCGAGCCUAUUGAGAAGAGUGCCAGCCCAGAGGAAUUGGAUGCGUCCUACGUGGACCCGCUGGGCCCGCUUGCCGACCUGCCCCGGAUGGGCGCCAAGAAGCGCGUGGACGAUGACGUAUUCGCCGGAGAAGACCUCGGCGAUGAGCUGCUGCCUGAGUAG